CGUGUGGUGUGUGCAGUGCAGUGCAGUGCAGUGCGCUGGGACAUUUGAGUGACACACUCACACUCACACUCACACUCACUCUCACUCUCUCCGAGUAUUCAUUUGCUUCUGACUUUUCAGCACAUGUAGGUGGAUCGUUUUUUAAAAGUUGAGGAGCCCUGCGAGAGCGGAGAGCAUCACCGCCUGACGUGCUGCAGGCAGACCGCGCACUCUUCUCUUCUCUUCUCUUCUCGUCUCUCCUCCUCCUCCUCCUCUCCUCCUCAUCUGUGGAUUUAGGCGGCAAUGCAGAAAGGGGCUACGGUUUCAUCUCUGCUACAAUCUGCCCGUGUUAGCAGGCUGGCUGUCAUCUAAAAUCACACAUCUGAUGCAGCAGGUCUGGACUUGCACUGAAACCAAGAAUAGCAGAGAGCUCGUCAGCCCAAGAAGCCCUCCAAAGAUCUGCUAAAGCCGAGCCUGAGGGGAGACGAAGAAAAGGCUGCGAGCGCGCAAUCAGCACCACGGACAGGGGCGGCAUAUAAAGGUGAAGUGCGCCGAGUAGCCCGCCACGCAGACACCCCCACUUCGUAUCUCGACAUCACGCGCUUUGUACCGCCGAAAGCUUGCUAAAGGUCUGCAACAUUUAAACUUUGGUUCAAAAAGGAAAGAAAAAAAGAAUAGAAGAGCUAUGCGCCGUGACGGGUGAGCUGUAGCAGAGGACAGGGCAGUGCCAGGCUCACAAGCCCCCGUGGACCGACCCGUCACCAACUUCCGCAGCUGGCCGACCGGUGACUCGACAACACCCCGGGACGGAUGGAGCGCCUCUCGGAGAGGGGCGUCGAGUGCUGAGCGCUUUUGCGGGCGUUCAUCUCGCGAAAUCCCUCGGAUGCGAGCCGCUGCUUUACAGGUAUGCGCCGAUGACGGGACUUCGAUUGGACACUCGGCUACAGUUUAUAGCGCACUCGACACCGGAGACGCCGAAUACAACCGUCAGCUCGGAAACGAGCCGAAUGAGGAGGAGAGCUUCAGCGCAACGCCGGCAUCCGACCGUCUGCAGACUGGGGGAGUCCUCUUCACUCCCGGCGAAUUCCAAAAACUGCACUCGGCUUCGGUCGCAACGAAGAAGGACGCGUGGCGUUUGACAAAGCAGAAGGAUCGUCUGGCGAGGCGCCCGAAGGACCGCUGUAUUCACUCCUCUGGUCACCCCUGCAGGACGACUGGCUCCCAGUGCCACCAGGCACUGAAGACAGACAUGGCAUCAUUCAGUCUCAAGCGGUCUUCCUCUUCCUCCUCCUGGGUGAAAAUGACAAAUGUGAAGUGUGCCAUGGCUGUGGUGAGAACCCUCCAGCUUCUGGUCUUCCAUACUCUGGUGGAAAUUGCUCUUCCAACGUCCAGCUACAACACAGGAACCAAGCGAGAAAUAACAAUUGAAGGAGACUUGGUGAUCGGCGGCCUCUUUCCUGUUCAUGAGAAGGGCAGAGGGACAGAGGACUGUGGGAAGAUAAAUGAGCAGCGGGGCAUUCAAAGGGUGGAGGCCAUGCUGUUGGCAUUAGAUGAGAUCAACAAGGAUGAAAAGAUCUUGCCUGGCCUCAAGAUUGGCGCUCACAUCCUAGACACCUGUUCCAAAGAUACCUACGCCCUCGAGCAGUCCUUGGAGUUUGUCCGGGCCUCGCUGACCAAGGUGGACGAAACGGAGUACAUCUGUCCAGAUGGCUCCUAUGCUAUUCACGAUGACUUCCCUUUGGCCAUCUCCGGUGUCAUUGGUGGAUCUUACAGCGAUGUCUCCAUUCAGGUUGCCAACCUCCUAAGGCUCUUCCAAAUCCCUCAGAUCAGCUACGCUUCCACCAGCGCCAAACUGAGCGACAAGACCCGUUACGACUACUUUGCCCGCACCGUGCCGCCCGAUUCCUACCAGGCUAAGGCAAUGGCAGAGAUCCUGCGGUUUUUCAACUGGACGUACGUCUCGACGGUGGCCUCGGAGGGAGACUACGGGGAGACGGGUAUUGAGGCUUUUGAACAAGAGGCCCGUGCACGCCAGAUCUGCAUUGCCACGUCUGCAAAGGUGGGCCACUCGAUGAGCCACGAAGUCGUGAUCAAAUCGCUGCUGCAGAAGCCCAAUGCCCAAGUCGUUAUCCUUUUCACCCGUAGCGAGGACGCCCGAGAGCUGUUGGCAGCAGCUAUGCGAAUGAAUGUGUCCUUCAUCUGGGUGGCCAGCGACGGCUGGGGGGCCCAGGAGAGCGUGGUGAGGGGCAGCGAGCUGGUGGCUGACGGGGCGUUCACCAUUGAACUUGCUUCCUACCCCAUCAAGGAAUUUGAGCACUACUUCACCAAACUCAACCCCUACAACAAUACGCGCAAUCCCUGGUUUCGGGAGUUCUGGGAACGCCGCUUCCAGUGCAGCCUUCAGGACCUGAGCUGUGGGCAGCAGUCGCUGAGGGAGGGCAGGUUUGAGCAGGAAUCCAAGAUCAUGUUUGUGGUCAACGCCAUGUAUGCAAUGGCCCAUGCGCUGCACAGGAUGCGCCAGGCCUUCUGCCCCAACUCCACCAAGCUAUGCGACGCCAUGAAGCCUGGCAAUGGAAGACGACUUUACAAGGACUUCAUCCUCAAGACGAAAUUUGAUGCUCCCUUCCGGCCCCCCGACACAGAACACACCGUCCUCUUCGACGACUACGGCGACAGCCUCGGCUUGUACAACAUCUUCAACUUCCACCAGGAAGAUGGCAAAUACACCUACGAGAAGGUGGGUCACUGGGCACAAGGCCUGAGUCUCAACACCAGCCGCAUUCCCUGGGCCAGGCACUCCAUCCCCACCUCCCAGUGCAGCGACCCCUGCAGGAAGAACGAAGUGAAGAGCAUGCAGCCCGGUGACGUCUGCUGCUGGAUUUGCAUUCAGUGCCAGCCUUACGAGUUCCUGCUGGACGAAUUCACGUGCAUGGACUGCGGGUUUGGCCGAUGGCCCGCCGAGAACCUCACCAGCUGUUACGACCUUCCCGAAGAGUACAUCCACUGGGAAGACGCGUGGGCCGUCGGCCCGGUGUCCAUCUCGUGUCUGGGCUUCAUGUGCACUUUCUUUGUCAUUGGGGUCUUCAUGAAAAACAACGACACGCCCAUCGUGAAGGCCUCUGGCCGAGAACUUUGCUACAUCCUCCUCCUGGGCGUCCUCAUGUGCUACAGCAUGACUUUCAUUUUCAUCGCCAAGCCUUCGUCGGUGGUGUGCACCCUGCGGCGGCUGGGCCUGGGCACCUCCUUCGCCGUCUGCUACUCGGCCCUGUUGACCAAAACCAACCGCAUCGCCAGGAUCUUCAGCGGCGUCAAGGACGGCGCUCAAAGGCCCAGAUUCAUCAGCCCGACGUCCCAGGUGGUCAUCUGCAUGGCUCUGAUCUCCUGCCAGCUUAUCGUCGUCGUCGUCUGGCUGCUGAUCGAGACGCCCGGCGUGCGGAAGGAGGUGGCGGCGGACAAGAGGGACGUGGUCAUCCUCAAGUGUAACAACAAGGACUCCAGUAUGCUCAUCUCGCUGACGUACAACGUGGUCCUCAUCAUCCUCUGCACCGUCUACGCCUUCAAGACCCGCAAGUGCCCCGAAAACUUCAACGAAGCGAAAUUCAUUGGCUUCACCAUGUAUACCACCUGCAUCAUCUGGCUGGCCUUCCAGCCCAUCUUCUACGUCACCUCAAGUGACUACCGGGUGCAGACGACCACCAUGUGCAUUUCCGUCAGCUUGAGCGGCUCCGUCGUGUUGGGCUGCCUGUUUGCCCCCAAGACUCACAUCAUCCUGUUUCAGCCGCAGAAGAACGUGGCGAGUCACCGCGUGGCCACCAGCCGCUUCAGCGUCACGGGCCCAGGCUCCAGCUACUCGCAUGCUUCUGCCUCCAACUACGUGCCCACUGUGUGCAAUGGGCGCGAGGUGGUCGACUCCACGACUUCUUCCUUAUAGAGAACCAGAGAGCGAGGAGCCCCCAGCGUGUGGGCAUGACGGGCGUCCGUGUGGGUUUGCUUUUCUUCUUUUGCAUUAGUCUGCACUCUAAAGGAGACGUUAGGCGGUAGUUGAUGUGCCAUCCUUGUCAAAACGUUUCUAUUGUCGACGAUGUGAACGCGUUUGUGAGUUUAUGUAAUUUAUGUAAAUAAAGGUGGCUUUUUUAUC